AUGGCGAGUUCAAGUAACCCCGCGCAGGGCAAUGACGCGCCCCUCGACAAUGCCCCGCCAACACAGCCAUAUACACAAACACAACCCGCCGCCAACGAUGGUCCCGCCUACGAAGCACCGACCCUUGGGGACCUACCACCCGCAUACACCGAGUUGCCAGGCCAGGUCGAGAACGAAGAGCUGGGCACGAACGCAGUAGUCGCCGACGAUGGACGUGUUAAUAUCCGAAUCGAUCAGAAGAGCCGCGCGCUAUCACAACUCAUCCUCCCGCAAAUACAGCGUCAGCUCACAAACGCGCAAGAAGAUCCCGAGCCGCCUCCACCAUACGUCCCAGAGUUCCUCGGUGGUGCACCCGGCCAGCAACCUCCACCUCCGCUAAACGUCGUCAUACAAGUAGUGGGCUCUCGUGGUGAUGUCCAGCCAUUCGUCGCAUUGGGCAAGGUGCUCAAGGAUACGUACGGCCAUAGAGUGCGGUUAGCGACACACCCGACGUUCAAGGACUUCGUUAUCGAGAAUGGCUUGGAAUUCUUCAGUAUCGGAGGCGACCCAGCUGAACUCAUGGCUUUCAUGGUGAAGAACCCGGGGCUGAUGCCUGGCUUCGAUACAUUGCGCAGUGGUGACAUUGGCAAGAGGAGGAAGGGCAUCGCAGAGAUUCUGAGCGGUACAUGGAGAUCUUGCAUAGAGACAGGUAACGGUCUUGGUGUAGAUCCGCUCCAGCAGACAGUCGAAGAGUGGAUGGGUAUCGAGGACCAGUUGCCCGAGCAACUGCGCAAACCAUUCGUCGCAGAUGCUAUAAUCGCAAAUCCUCCCGCUUUCGGACAUAUACAUUGUGCCGAGAAGUUGGGCAUACCUCUACACAUGAUGUUCACUAUGCCGUGGUCGCCUACACAGCAGUUCCCGCAUCCACUCGCCAACAUCCAGUCUAGCAAUGCAGACCCCACCAUCACCAACUACUUGUCAUAUAUCAUGGUCGACGUGCUGACAUGGCAGGGUCUGGGCGACGUCAUCAACAGGUUCCGCAAGGAUAGCCUACGGCUGGAUCCCAUCAGCGCUGUCUGGGCGCCAGCCAUGCUCGCGCGUCUGAAAGUGCCUUUCACAUAUUGCUGGUCUCCUGCACUGAUCCCUAAACCCAGGGAUUGGAACCACCAUAUCUCCGUCGCGGGUUUCUACUUCCUGAACCUCGCCUCGAACUACACACCAGCCCCGGAUCUUGCAGCCUUUCUCGAUGGAGGUGAGCCACCAGUAUACAUUGGCUUUGGUUCCAUUGUGGUGGACGAUCCAAAUGCGAUGACUAAAAUGAUCUUCGACGCCGUGAAGAUCACCGGAAAACGUGCGUUGGUGUCCAAAGGCUGGGGCGGGCUAGGAGCCGAUGAUCUUGGAAAGCCAGAUGGCGUCUUCAUGCUUGGUAAUUGUCCUCACGACUGGCUGUUCAAACGUGUGUCUGCCGUCGUGCAUCAUGGUGGUGCAGGAACCACGGCAGCUGGUAUCGCAACUGGAAAGCCGACCGUUGUCGUGCCAUUCUUCGGAGAUCAAGCCUUCUGGGGAGCCAUGGUCUCAAGAGCCGGCGCUGGGCCUGAUCCCAUCCCAUACAAGGAACUCACCGCAGAGAAACUCGCCGGAGCUAUCAACGAAGCCCUCAAACCGGAAACACUCGAUCGGGCGCAGGAGCUCUGCGACAAGAUCAAACAGGAAAACGGCACACAGAAGGGAGCUCAAUCAUUCCAUCAGAUGCUUAAUUACGACGACCUGCGAUGUGCUCUCAUGCCAGACAAACCGGCUGUGUGGAGACUGAAGCGCACUGACGUGAAGUUGAGUGCUAAGGCGGCUACUGUACUGGCCCAGCAAGGCGAAGUGAACUUCUCUGACAUGAAACUAUACCGCCCUCGCGAAUAUGUUCCUGAUGAAGGCCCUUGGGAUCCAGUUUCUGGCGCAGCUGGCGCUAUUAUGGGAACAGCAACCUCAGUGAUGAUGGGUGUUGCUGAUAUGCCGAUUCAGACUCUCAAACUACUCAACAUACAUCCUGAUGCCAGAUCUAAGAAAGGCAAAGAAAAGGCCACAGGUACCGAAGCUUCGUCGACCAGAGAAGGAAGUAGUAGUGGACGUCCGACAACAUCGAGGACGGCGACUGAUGCUACCGAUCGCUCAGGUAGAAGUGGGGCCGCAACACCAACAGCAGCCGAUGCUGCUGCUGAUCUAGCCCGGAUACAGGCGGAUAACCCAGCAGUCAAGAGUCCUGGUUCUCCUGGUACGCCUUCACACAGGUCAUCAUUCAUGUCUCAAGCAUUUGCUGAAUCUACCCAAGGCUCGCGAUCGCGGUCUCGCAGUCGCUCCAGAUCGGUGGCUGGGUCUGCAGCGCCAUCCAACACUGGGCCAAAGCCAAGCAUGGCCGAGAAUUGUGAAUCUGCAGUAGACACUGGCAAGGGUCUAGCUAGGAUUGUUGGCGCUGGCUUCAAGUCACCCAUGGACUUCUCACUCAAUGUGGCUAAGGGAUUUCACAACGUACCGAAGCUCUACGGCGCAGAAGUGCGACAGGUCGAUAAGGUUACCGACUUCCAGAGUGGCAUGCGAACCGCUGCUAAGCAAUUCGGCUUCGGUCUUUAUGAUGGUAUCACUGGUAUUGUGACGGAUCCUUACAAAGGCGCAAAGAAAGAAGGUGGUAUCGGCUUCGUCAAGGGAGUUGGACGCGGCAUCAUGAGUGUACCAUUCCGCGUCAUGGGUGGUGCUUGGUCGGUUCCUGGCUAUGCCAUGAAAGGACUCUACCAAGAAAUGGUCAAGAGCAAGGGAAAGAGCGUGCAAAACUAUAUCAUCGCCGCACGUAUCGCGCAGGGCUACGAUGAAGCAUCCGAGGUGACGCAGGAAGAGCGCGACGAGAUUGUGAAGAAAUGGAGUCACAUGAAGUGGGGUAUCAAGAAGAAGCGCAACGUUGGAGCUGAGCAAAUGGACUCACUCCAUUCACUUGUCCAACAGAAGAAGGAUAGGAAGGAUAAGCGCUCUGCUAUACUCGACUCGCAUGUCGGUGCAGUAGCCCAGCCGUCAGCCCACACGAACUCCGUUCCCCAGGGCAGCGCCCCAGGCCAAUACCCUGAUCCCCCACGCAGACGCGGUGUCGAGCCUGAGAUCCGGUCAACGAUUCCCAGCUGGCGGCAACAAGAAGCCGAACGAACACGCGCAUUAAGACGGCAAGAAACCCCCACAUCAGGCUCCCCAUCAAUCGCAUCGUCAACCGCCCCAUCCCAACAAUCACAAGCCGAUCUCGAAGCCCAGCUCCUCGCCGAAGAAGAAGAAGAUCAACGCGAACUCGAACGCGCCAUCGCCGCCUCCGUCGCCGAAUCCUCGCGCGGCGACCCCGAAGAAGACCGGCUCAUCGCCUCCGCAAUCCGCGCUUCAAUCGCUGAACUCGAAAACGCACCCCCCUCCAACGGCGCGCCGACCCAACAAGACGAGGAAGCAGCGCUCCAUCGCGCCAUGACAGCCAGCAUGUCUGAAGCCGGCAAAACCGACAUGACGGAAGAGGAGAAGAAGGCGCUUGAAGAGACGCUCAGAAAGAGUUUGUCUGAAACGAGCAAGCGGACGAGACGAGACAGCGAUCAUCAUGAGUGGGGUUCUGAUAACGAUACCGAGGACGAUGAGGAUUACAAGCGUAUUAUCGCUGAGUCGAAACAUCUCGCUCAGAUUCAUGCUGAGCAUCCGGAUGAAUAUGCCACUUCGACGCGAGGUGCGCAGCAGGAAAGCGGUGUUAUGGAUGCGAUGAGUCAGGCUAUUGGUGGUGCUGCUGCGCAAGGUCCGCCUGAUGCUUCUCCACCUCCUUACGCUCAUUCUUCCGCCCGUGCCUCUACCGCCCUGGGAGAAGACCAGACGCGUGAUCACGACAUGGACGCGCGGGCUGCUCCUCCUCCACUGCCUCAUCGCAUUACGAUGCAGGACAACGACAACGAGAACGACGAUGAAGACGCAGAACUAAAGAAAGUGUUGGCAGAAAGCGAGAAAGCGGAGAGUGAACGGAUUAGCAAUUUGGAGAAGCAGAGGACGGAGGAGGAUAUUGUGAUGGAGUAUGUGCGGAAACAGAGUUUGCUUGAGGAGGAACAUAGGCAGAGGGUUAGGAACGGGGAGGAGAGUGCUGGAAGGUGA